AGUACACCCAUACAUUUGUUGGAAGCUGCAUCUUGGUUGGUUGGCCGAAAAUUGCUGCUGAUAAAACAAAAAUCUUAGCUUCAAAAAUUCGUUAUCCAUAUGGCCUCUUCGAUGCUCAACGGUGCCAUCACCUUCCCCAAGGGAUUAGGUUUUCCCGGUUCCAAUUUACACGCCAGAUCAUUUCCUCCGCCGAGUUUGGUCUCCGUGACCCGAACCUCCACGCCGAGGCUCUCGGUGGCAACCAGAUGCAGCGUGUCGGCGUCACGGCCAUCGGCGCAACCUAGGUUCAUCCAGCACAAGAAGGAGGCUUACUGGUUCUACAGGUUCUUAUCCAUCGUCUACGACCAUAUCAUAAAUCCAGGCCACUGGACGGAGGAUAUGAGGGACGACGCUCUUGAGCCGGCGGAUCUCAGCCAUCCCGACAUGCGGGUGGUCGAUGUCGGCGGCGGCACUGGUUUCACCACUCUCGGCAUCGUCAAGACAGUCAACGCCAAGAAUGUCACCAUUCUGGACCAGUCGCCACAUCAGCUGGCCAAGGCGAAGCAGAAGGAGCCGUUGAAGGAAUGCAAGAUCGUUGAAGGAGAUGCUGAGGAUCUCCCUUUUCCGACCGAUUUUGCCGACAGAUACGUCUCUGCUGGGAGCAUUGAGUACUGGCCUGACCCGCAGAGGGGAAUUAGGGAAGCGUACAGAGUUCUCAAGAUCGGUGGAAAAGCAUGCCUCAUUGGCCCCGUCUACCCUUCCUUCUGGCUCUCUCGCUUCUUUGCAGAUGUGUGGAUGCUUUUCCCCAAGGAGGAAGAGUACAUCGAGUGGUUCAAGAAUGCUGGUUUCAAGGACGUUCAGCUUAAGAGGAUUGGCCCCAAGUGGUACCGUGGUGUUCGCAGGCACGGCCUUAUCAUGGGUUGCUCUGUCACCGGUGUCAAGCCUGCCUCCGGUGACUCUCCUCUCCAGCUUGGUCCCAAAGCAGAGGAUGUUGACAAGCCUGUAAACAACCCCUUCGCCUUCUUGGGACGCUUCCUCUUGGGGACCCUAGCGGCUGCUUGGUUUGUGUUAGUCCCUAUCUAUAUGUGGAUCAAGGAUCAGAUUGUUCCCAAAGACCAACCCAUCUGAUCCAUCACCGUCUGCUUCAUUGAACUAGUAUUAUCUAGGACAUCAAGUUUGUAUGAUUGUAAACCCACUCUCCUAUGUUUUAAAAAAAAAGAACAAUCAUUUUUGUCCUACCUAUCAACC